CAUUUCAUCAUUUGAUCUGCUUUGAUUCUUCGUCUUCAAGCAGACGAAAGUCAUCUAAAAUCCCAAAUAAAAAAAGUGAGAUUGUUUUCAUUACAUAGUAUAUUAAAAGAAAAAGAAAAAGAAAAAAGAAAAAAAAAAUGAGUUCGAUUCAUUUGAUAAACACUCUUGCAGCUCCGCUUCGUUCGUUUUCUCCUCCCUCCCUUUUUCCGCAAUGCCAUUAUCCCAUCCGUUCCUCUGCUGUACCGAAACGGCGUCGUUCGUCUCACUCGUCUGGGUUUCGCCUUGCCUCAACUCCAACCGUGAAUUCGGUUCCCCGUGAGAAUGGAACCUAUACCGUUGCUGAUUUCAUGACAAAGAAGCAAGAUUUGCAUGUUGUGAAAACUACCACCACCGUUGAUGAAGCUCUGGAGGCUCUGGUAAACAACAGAAUCAGCGGUCUUCCGGUAAUUGAUGAUAACUGGAAUUUGGUCGGAGUUGUUUCAGAUUAUGAUUUAUUAGCUAUUGAUUCGAUAUCAGGAGGUCCUCAGAGUGAUGCAAACCUGUUCCCCAAUGUCGAUAGUUCUUGGAAAACAUUCAAUGAGUUACAAAAGCUGCUUAGUAAGACUAAUGGCCAAGUUGUUGGUGACUUGAUGACUCCAACUCCACUUGUUGUCCAUGAAUCGACAAGUCUGGAGGAAGCUGCGAGGCUGUUGCUUGAAACAAAAUAUCGCAGACUACCUGUGGUCGACGAUGAUGGAAAGCUGGUUGGACUUAUUACAAGAGGAAAUAUUGUUAAGGCAGCUCUGCUAUCAAAACGCGCGGGAGAGUGGUGAUAGUGUUUGAGAAAAACGUCAUUGGAAUAGCUUUGCUUGCUGGUUGUGCCGGUGAGAGUACGUAUAAUGUUAAGUAUAGCGUCGUGUAUAGUGAGUGUUAUGAAUAUAUGACGGGCAAAGAUAGGAGCUGAAAUAAACUUUUGACGGCCUUGUGAGUGAGAUCUUAGUAGUGUGGGUAACAAACAAGAUAGAAUGAAGUGAUUUAUCGAUCACCUUUAUUAGGUUAUCGACAUUGUUUCGUGCAUUGAUUAUUACGAGCAUGGAGAUACAUCCCUCUUUAUUUGUCUCUGUUAGGCUGGAACUGAUAAUUUAGAGCCCUGUAUUAUAAAUUUAUAUUGUAAAUUGCUGAGGAUUUUAAUUUAUGUUAUUUUGCUCUGGUCGCUUUCCUA